AUGCGCUGGACCACCGCGCUCCACGCGCGCUUCGUGCACGCCGUCGAGCUCCUCGGCGGCCAUGAGAGAGCGACGCCGAAGUCGGUGCUGGAGCUGAUGAACGUGAAAGAUCUAACGCUCGCGCAUGUGAAGAGCCACCUUCAGAUGUACAGGACAGUGAAGAGCACAGACAGAUCGUUGCACACAGCUACAGGCGAGGCCUUGCCGCUGCACAGGACGGCGGCCACAGGGAUGGAGACGGCGGUGGCGGCAGGAGGAGGUGGGGUGGUAGUGGUACCAGUGCCAGCAGCAUGUGACGACAUGGUUGGGAUCUGCAGCUCUCCUUCGGCGGGCUCUGCGCCGCCUGCUACGGCGACUACUUCCGCUGCUCACUUCCUCUGUGCGCCAGCAGCAACUGCUCCACUGGCGGCAGCACCGUCACCUCCUCCACCCAUUCCCCCGAGGAGCAGGACUGACCACGCACCAGGCGCAGUGCCGGAAAAAGGUGUUGCAAUUGUUGUUGACUCGUUGCACCGGUGUCAGGCACAUAAUUUCUCACCGCCGCCAGUGCUUCAAGAUACUCAGGCAGCUCAAGAAGAGGCAAAUGGUCAGAUAGCCAUGGGACUGCACGGGAAUGUUGACCCCAUCGCUACAAACUGCUCAAGCCCAGCGAGCUCUACUCCAUCUCUUGCUAGCCUGGAGCAGCUGACAGACGACAUGUACGCACCGAACCUGGAGAUCUCCCUCGGGAGGCAGGAUUGGAGCAUGGAGCGUCCGGAAGGACUUUGCCUGAAAUACCUGUGA